CUUCAGCUGUUGGUUGGUAGGUCAGUGCCUCGCUGCCUGCAGCGGGGCUGCUGCACACCAGCCGGAGCUCCGCGUUGGGUUUCCCCGGUCUGUAAAUAAAUACACCCGGCUGCUCGGUGCGUCUCGUCUCCAAAAUGCGGUGAAGUGUCCCCUGCCAUUCGGCCAGUUUUAUCUGAAUGUCUCCCUGCGUGGAAUGAAUGAUGGAGUGAAAUCUUCGGCUGGAUAAUCGACCGUCAACCUGCCGCGAGUUCGUGCACGGAGACAAAUAGAUGAUAGAAGAUACGAUGACCCUGCUGUCGCUGUUAGGUCGGAUCAUGCGUUAUUUUUUGCUCAGACCGGAGACCCUGUUCCUGCUGUGCAUCAGCUUGGCUCUGUGGAGUUACUUCUUCCACACGGAUGAAGUGAAGACCAUCGUCAAGUCCAGUAGGGACGCGGUCAAAAUGGUCAAGGGGAAGGUGGUGGAGAUGAUGCAGAACGAGCGCUUCGGCGGGCUGGAUGUCCCGGACGCAGAGUUCUCCAAAACGUGGGAGUUCAAGAGUAACAAUGUGGCGGUGUACUCCAUCCAAGGCCGGCGGGACCACAUGGAAGACAGGUUCGAGGUGCUCACCGACAUCGUCAACAAGAGCCACCCGUCUAUCUUUGGGAUUUUUGACGGCCAUGGAGGAGAGGCUGCUGCUGACUUUGCGAAAGCUCACCUGCCUGAAGCUCUGCGCCAGCAGCUACUGACCUAUGAACGGGGGAAAGAGCGAGACCGAGAGAAAGACAAGGAGAAAGAUGAGAAAAAGGAGGAGGCCAGCUUUUCCUAUCCCACCAUUCUGGAGCAGCAGAUCCUGACGUUGGACAGAGAAAUGCUUGAAAAACUUUCUGCCACUUACAACGAAGCAGGCACUACAUGUCUGGUGGCUCUGCUCUCUGAUAAAGAGCUGACUGUGGCUAACGUCGGAGACUCUCGUGGAGUUUUGUGUGAUAAAAAUGGGAAAGCCAUUCCUCUAUCGCAUGACCAUAAACCGUACCAGCUCAAGGAACGCAAGAGGAUCAAGAAAGCCGGUGGAUUCAUCAGUUUCAAUGGCUCAUGGCGCGUCCAGGGCAUCCUGGCUAUGUCUCGUUCCCUGGGCGAUUACCCGCUGAAGAAUCUGAACGUGGUCGUUUCUGACCCAGACGUUAUGUCCUUUGACCUGGACAAGCUGCAGCCUCAGUUCAUGAUCCUGGCAUCAGACGGCCUCUGGGAUACUUUCAGCAAUGAGGAGGCAGUUCGCUUCAUCAAGGAUAGACUAGAUGAGCCGCACUUUGGCGCCAAGAGCAUUGUUCUCCAGUCUUUCUAUCGAGGUUGCCCUGACAACAUCACCGUAAUGGUGGUGAAGUUUAAAGGCAAAAGUGGUGAAAAAAAGUAGUUCCUCCCGCCCACGGCAUGUAUAUAUGAUGGUUUGAAUUCAUUUACGGUGGAAGAUUUAAAGCUGCUUUUUGAACAAGAACUAUUUAUAUCGUAGGUAUUUACUGCAGAUAGCCCUUGAAACCUCACAUAAAACACUUUUUCUCUUUCUAAUCUUUUACCCUACAAGUGUCACAAACCUGUGAGUGCAUCAAACAACUACACUUUUAACUGUGUAAGUGUGCACUGGAACGAGUGGAGGUAAAAUAAAGACAGUAUUCUCUUAGAAAUAAAUGUACACAAUUCUUUCACUCUAAAGCAAACCGGGACUGAGAGGUUUAAGCUACAUUGUUAAAUCCUUUUCUGUCAAUUUGUACAUGUACAGUUGAAACCAGAAGUUUACAUACAUGGCAUAAAAACACACAUGCUUUUUUUUUAAAUAAAAGGAAACCUUUCCUGUUUAAGGUCAAUUACAAUGGGCAAAAAAGUUAUUUCUAUUUGCUGAAUGUCAGAUUUAUGAGAAUAUCUUUUUUUUAGAAAAGUUUUUAUUACUUUUAUUAAAGUCAAAAGUUCACAUAUGCAAGGUUAAAGACUUUAAUUUUUGGAGACAUUUCCUGUGGGCUGACCAUACCAAAAUGAAACUGUUUGGCCACAAUGACCAUCGUUAUGUUUGAAGGAAAAAGGGGGAAGCCUGCAGGCCUCGCAACCCCAUCCCAACUGUAAAACAUGGGGGUGGUAGUAGCAUCAUGUUGUGGGAUUGUUUUGCUGCUGGAGGGACUGGUGCACUUCACGAAAUAGAUGGCAUCAUGAGGAAAGAGAAUUAUGUGGAAAGCAACAUCUGAAGACAUCAGCCAGAAAGUUGAAGCUUGGGCGCAAAUGGAUCUUCCAAAUGGACAAUGACCCGAAGUGGCUUAAAGAUAACAAAGUCAAUGUUUUGGAGUGGCCAUCGCAGAGCCCGGAUCUAAACCCUUUUGAACAUUUAUGGUCAGGGCUGAAAAGGCGUGUAAAUGCAAGGUGACCUACAAACUCAGCUCAGUUACACCAGUUCUGUCUGGAGGAAUGGGCCACAAUUCCUACCAAAUCUUGUCAGAAGCUUGUGGAAGAAUAUCUGAGAUGUUUGACCAAAGUACUGCAGUUUAAAGGCAAUAGAACCAAAUACUAAUGGAAUGUAUGUCAACUUUUGACUUUGAUCAAAGUAAAACAAAUUAGUUUGAAAACCGUAGUCUCAUUAUUCUAUCAUUUAGCAAAUUGUAAUUGACCUAAAACAGGAAAAGUUUACUUUUAUUUCAUGUUGUGUGUUCAGUUGUGUGGUUUUAUGUUGUGUAUGUAAACUUCUGGUUUCAACUAUAAUAUCCCAUCAUUCAUUUUCGUCAGAGGCAGUGGCGACUCUGUUUCCACAUUGUGAAUCAUGUCAUUAUUUAGCCUUAUGUGAUCAACGGCAAAUAUGAGAUUUGUUUCUCUGGAGAGCUCAUACAAGAAUACUUGCAUAAAGAAAAUCUAAUUGUAAGAACAGGUGUUUCUCUCUUUUUGUUAAAUUUGAGCUUUUUUACAGGACUGCUAAUAAUUUCUUCUUUCGAAUCUCACUUUAUUUAAAACUUUUUAGUUUUUCAAAGCUAGGCUGCUUCACCUAGAAACUCUUUCAAGACCUCUGUUAUACGUUUUAUUGUUUUAUCUAAUAACUGAGGCUUACGGGUCUCAAACUCCGUGUCCUGGUUUUCUUGUUUGGGUCAACUCACCUAAUUUAUGUCAAUGUCAAAAUCUAAGAGUCCUUGAUGUUAUGCUCCUUUUUUGUAGGGGUUGAUUCUAGGUACGUACCGGUAAUUAAGAGCAGAGCGUUAAGAUAUAUUAAGGAAUUGCUUGGAUUUGUAGCAUAAAACUAGUUUGAAUAAACAUGUUUGUAUUUUAAACUUGUUACAAUUAAAAAAGCGGAAGUCCUGGCGUGUGUCUCAUUAGGAAGAAAGAGUCAGUUUGCACCAUUUCCUAAAUCGUAAAGGGAUUUAUUUCAUUUUAAAAUCUUAAUGAUGUAUUUUAUGUUAAAUGAUAUAGAAAACACCCCUUUUUAGUUUUUGUAUCACUCAAGCAGUGUUGUGGCCUUUCAAUGAAAUUACAUUGAGUUUGAGAACCUGCUGUAUGUAGUUUGUAGAAGCUUAAAUUACAUUAUUUUCCAAUAUGAAGAAAGUCAUAAGGUAGUCAUUUAAAAAACAAACUUAAUACACAAUUUAUAAUUUUCUUUUUUUUUUAACAGAUUACUUGUUUAAAGGCUAGGAAAGUGACCACCCAGAACAACAUUUUAAAAAUUUUGUUAUGCAUUUUUUAAAUAAAAUAUGUUUUAUAUUUUUAACAUUAGAAGUUCUUCAAACUAACUUUUUUAAAUUAAUUUACUAAUUAAUUUACUUAAAUGAAAUGAUCCAUUCUGGUUGAUUACAUUUUUCUUUGGACAAAAACAAUCCAUUUUAAUUUUUACAGUACAUUAAAAACUGCAUUUGUGUUUUAUUUUGUCUUAUUCUGGUGAAAUUACAUGAUGUUGCCUUAUUUUUAAUUUUUUUUCUGCCAAAACUAUUUUGUGAGUUUUCGGUGAAAUGCAUUUGAUCGUGCAGGGCAGUGCAGUGGAGGAUGCACGCCCCAUAUCUUGUACCUUCAUUCAGAUAUUAUGUGUUGAGUGACUGUUUCAUGAGGUAUGAAACAUAAAGAUGAAUGUAAAUACCGUCAUCACGUGACUACCAGCUCCACCCAAACAUGCAGGUUAUUACAGCUGUCCCUGAUCCUAAGCUAACUGCAGAGAUGUAAAUACAUGAAUUCCAGAUGAAACUGUCUGUGCUUUUUUUUCAGGAUCAUGUCAUGAUGUACCUCACUGAAUGUUUCUUGCCUUUGUUAUUUGUUUUGAUGACUUUAAUACACUGCUAAAAGUUUAAUAAAUUGAACAUUUUAAAUUUGAAGACCACAAAA